AUGUUCAGAGGAAUCACCAAUAGGAGGUUCUUUUCCACUUCGUUCAGAUCAUUGAACAAAAUCAAACCACCGAAAGCAACUAAAGCCUCUUCUUCCUCAAUUCCACCACGUAAUGUUGAAGUUUUGCAAGCUUCAGUUUUAGGAAAAGUGCUCAAAUACACCUUGGGAGCAGCUGUGCUUGGUGUUGUAGGUGGUGCUGGUGUUGUUGCUUACAAGAUCUAUGAAGAAUCCAAACCAGCUAAACAACAAAAACAAACACCAUUCUUCCCCGAUGGACAAAAGAAAAAGACUUUGGUUAUUUUGGGUUCUGGCUGGGGGUCAGUUCCUUUGUUGAAAAACUUGGAUACCACUUUAUAUAAUGUCGUUAUUGUUUCACCAAGAAAUUACUUUUUGUUUACUCCUUUGUUGCCCAGUGUUCCUACCGGUACUGUUGAAUUGAGAUCGAUUAUUGAACCUGUUAGAUCCAUUACUAGAAGAUGUCCCGGUGAAGUCGUCUAUUUAGAAGCUGAGGCUACUGGAAUUGAUCCAGCAAAGAAUCAACUCUAUUUGAAACAAAGUACAACUGUCCAUUCAGGUCAUUCGGGUAAAGAUACUUCAUCUUCCAAGUCUACGGUUGCCGAAUAUACCGGUGUUGAAGAAAUUUCAACUACUUUGAAUUAUGAUUACUUGGUUGUUGGUGUUGGUGCUCAACCUUCCACCUUUGGUAUUCCUGGAGUUGCUGAACAUUCAACAUUCUUGAAAGAAGUUAGUGAUGCAUCAACAAUCAGAAGAAGAUUGAUGGAUGUUAUUGAAGCCGCCAAUAUUUUACCCAAGAGUGACCCUGAACGUAAAAGAUUGUUACAAAUUGUUGUUUGUGGAGGUGGUCCAACAGGUGUUGAGGCUGCUGGUGAAAUUCAAGAUUACAUUGAUCAAGAUUUACAUAAAUGGGUUCCUGAGUUAGAAGGUGAAUUGAAAGUCACCUUAGUCGAAGCUUUGCCAAAUGUAUUGAACAGUUUUAACAAGAAAUUGAUUGAUUACACUAAAGAAGUAUUCAAAGACACCAACAUUAAUUUAAUGACAAAUACCAUGAUUAAGAAAGUUGGAGACAAGGUUCUUACUGCUUCACAAAAACAACCCGAUGGAUCAACAAAAACUGUUGAAAUUCCAUAUGGUGUAUUGAUUUGGGCUACUGGUAAUGCAGCUAGAGGUUUUACUCGUGAUUUAAUGUCGAAAAUUGAUGAACAAAAGAACGCCAAACGUGGAUUAUUAGUUGACGAAUACUUGAAAGUUGAUGGUACAUCAAAUAUCUUUGCCUUGGGGGAUUGUACCUUCACCAAAUACCCACCAACAGCACAAGUUGCAUUCCAAGAAGGUGAAUACUUGGCCAAGUACUUUGAAAAAUUGCAUCAAGUAGAAAAUCUUCAAUAUCAAAUUGAACAUCCAACACCAAAACAAAAUGUUGAAACUUUGGGUAAAAAAUUAGCUAGAGCUGAAAAGAACUUACCUAAAUUCCAAUACAACUAUCAAGGUUCAUUAGCUUAUAUUGGAUCUGAAAAGGCAGUUGCAGAUUUGGUUUGGGGUGAUUGGUCAAACAUCACUAGUGGUGGUAAUUUCACUUUCUUGUUUUGGAGAUCAGCUUACAUCUACAUGUGUCUUUCAGUAAAGAACCAAUGUCUUGUUAUUUUGGAUUGGAUGAAAGUUUCUUUGUUUGGAAGAGAUUGCUCAAAGGAAUAG